AUGUCAUUAGACGAAUCGUUUGUUCAUUUCUUGAACAGUCUCGGUGAAAGAUAUGAAUUUAGUGUCUUGUUAAGGGAAAUUGGACAUCCUAGAAAUAAUGACGGUAAAGAGUUUACCUUUGGUUAUUCAUCCGCUAAUGUAUUGAAAAAUGCUUCACAUCAAAUCGAUAGCUUAGUCGAUUUGGAGAAAAUGGUAGUUAUUCCUAGACACAAUGCUCAUUUGCUUACAGCAGAAAAUUAUAAGCAUAUUAAAUUACCUAUUGAAAAUAAAAUGUUAGUUCAAAAAUACAUUUUGAAUGCAUUCAAAUUUAUAAGGCAAGUGCCAUGUAAGGCAAUUUCAAAAGAAUGGAUUAAAGUCAUAGAACCGAAAAAGAAGACAAAGUUCCCUUAUAUCAAAGGCGACAUUACUAAGCCAGCUUGGUGGCCUGCGGAUGUUGAACAUAGGGAACCAGAUCAUUUGCAAAAGCCUGAUAGAUUGAAACUGAUGUGUUGCAUCGUAAUAGAAGUUCUACCUAGAUUAAAUAAUCUUUCUAUUGUUGAAGAAAUGGAAAGGGCCACCUACGCAUUAUCCUUGUUGAAAAGAGAUCCUGUAAAAGAAGAAGUUAUUAAAUCAGUAUUCAGAAUUGUCAAAGCUACUAUUAAUAGAGAUUCAAUGGUAAGUAUAAUCGAUUUGCUUUCUCUGAAAUCAAAACCUGCCUCCAAGUCCAACUCAAAACAACGUCAAUACAUAAAAAAUAGAAUCAGGUCAUAUAGUGGAGUAAUACAACAAUCUUUAGAUACCACAGAACAAACAGAGUCUGAAAUAUCCGAAAAAAGUUAUAAAGACCAAACUCCUAUUUAUGAUAAUGAGCUAAAACUUCAACAUAGUUAUAAUACUGAUAUAACACCUCUCCCCACACCAGUUCUAAUAGAUUUUUUAAUAGACAGUGAUCCUGAUUUAACCAGGUAUAUCGAAAAUAUGUGUAAGUAUGAAUCCUCCCCAGAUGAAUCCACCGAUCCCUAA